AGCGGUUUGGCACUGAUCACUCACCCACCUCCUCACAGGGAACCAGGAGCAGGCAGCUAGCAGAAUUCCGGUCACUGGAGGUGGUCGAUCGUGUGGCCCUUCGUGAGCUUGCUGUGCUCUGGCGCAUGCGCAGUUGCAUGCCGCCCAUGGCGUGCGGGGGCGGUGCCACGGGGACGGGGGAGUGCACUGGGAGCUUCUCUUCCGUGAGCAGCACGGGGGAGGGGCUGGGGGAGGAGUUCCGGCUGCCGUUCCUGGCCAUAAGCCCGCCGGAGAUCGGUGAAGACGACGGCGAUCUCCGGCUCGUGAUCGCCGGCACCUCCGACCCGCUGUCCGCCCCGCCGGCCACAACGACCAAGAAGAAGAAGAGAUGCCUUCCCGGGACUCCAGACCCGAGCGCGGAGGUGAUCGCGCUGUCGCCGCGGACGCUGAUGGCGACGAACCGGUUCGUGUGCGAGAUCUGCCACAAGGGCUUCCAGCGCGACCAGAACCUGCAGCUGCACCGGCGCGGCCACAACCUGCCGUGGAAGCUGCGGCAGCGCGGCGCCGAGGGCGGGGCGGCGCCGCGGAAGCGGGCCUACGUGUGCCCGGAGCCGGCGUGCGUGCACCACGACCCCCGGCGCGCGCUGGGCGACCUCACCGGCAUCAAGAAGCACUUCUGCCGCAAGCACGGCGAGAAGAAGUGGAAGUGCGACCGCUGCGCCAAGCGCUACGCCGUGCACUCCGACUGGAAGGCCCACGCCAAGGUCUGCGGCACCCGCGAGUACCGCUGCGACUGCGGCACCCUCUUCUCCAGGAGGGACAGCUUCGUGACGCACCGGGCCUUCUGCGACGCGCUGGCGCAGGAGAACAGCAAGCUGGCGCAGCCGGCCAUGAACAUGGCCACGGUGGCCUCGGCGCUCCAGGGCCAGCAGCACGCUCACCACCACCACAACCUCAUGCUGCCGUCCACCCACGCCGACGACCUGGACAUGGACGCCGACGAGGCGUCCGCUUACGAGCCGGACAUCAAGAGCCCGCACCUGAAGAUGUUCUCCGACUACGACGCCGACGCAGCCGCCGCCGACAACCCGCUGGGCUGCAUGCUCUCCAGCCUCGGCGCUACCCCGACCGCCUUCAGCCCGAGCAGCAGGCUCAGCAUGCUGGGCCUGCAGGCAGGGCCGAGCGACCCCGCCGCAAUCGGCGGCUGCUACUCCCCGGGAAACAACGGCCUGGCGAGCAUGUCCGCCACGGCGCUGCUGCAGAAGGCGGCCCAGAUGGGCGCGACGACGUCGAGUGGCUACGGCGUGAGCUUCACCCCUGGCCACCCGGGCCUCGCGUCCACCAUGGCCGGGCUCGACCGCCUUCCUUGUACCGCGGGCCCGUUCGGGCCGACGAGAGCCUACGGCACGUACGACGGGGUGGUCGGGUUCGGCGUCGGCGGGCUGAUGCCUGGCCAGCUCUACAACGACGCAGCCAACGGUAGCACGACGAGGAACGUUGGACCGGCGGCCAGCGGCGCGGACAACCCGAUGGAUGAUGAGCGCCGGCGAGGCGCCGACAACGGCGUGCGCGUGGUGGACUACAUGGGCGUCGAGCACCAGAGAACAAGCUACGGUAGCGUGAGUAGCGCCAGCCCGUUCCCGGAUCACACGGGCCCGUGGGCCUAGGGUCUGCCAUCCGGCCCACGCAGGCUACAGGGGAGAGACGGCGUCUCUUUCUAAUUCGAGAUUUGAGACUUCAGCACAAUUGUGUACUGCUAUCUGAUGAAUCAACCAGAGAUUUCUGCCAUGUGUUCAUCCAUCUACCUGAGCCUGUGCGAGCACAGACAACAAGUAGCAAAGCCUUAUUUAACUAGUCAACCAGCAGCAGGUCAUGUAGAGUGGAGACUCUCGAUUCAACCAAACUUUGUUUCACAGUUAC